GCUGGCCGUCCUGUCCUUUUCUUGGGCUCUUCCCUCUCCUGCUCCUCCCGGCCCCUCAUCUCAUCUGAAUCUCGCCGCCGUGGUCUCGGCCCUCAUCCUGUUUUCAUUUCACACUCCCCUGCCACCUCUUUCCUUUUCGAGCCUGCCCAAGCCCGUCUCGCCCGAUAUCAAUCAUGUCUGUCCGCGGCCCCUCCCAAACGUUCCUGCGUGAAUACAAGCUCGUCGUUGUCGGCGGCGGUGGUGUUGGCAAGUCGGCUCUUACCAUUCAAUUCAUCCAAUCGCACUUUGUCGAUGAAUACGACCCCACCAUUGAAGACUCUUACCGCAAACAGUGCGUCGUCGACGACGAAGUCGCCCUGCUUGAUGUCCUCGAUACCGCUGGCCAAGAAGAGUACAGCGCCAUGAGAGAGCAGUACAUGCGUACCGGUGAGGGAUUCCUCUGCGUCUAUGCCGUCAACAACCGCGGCUCCUUUGAAGAAAUCAGCACAUACUACAACCAGAUCUUGCGAGUCAAGGACCGUGACUCCUACCCUAUCAUCAUUGUUGGAAACAAGUGCGAUCUCGAACACGAGCGCGUCGUCUCCAGUAACGAGGGCCGCGAGCUCGCCCGUCGCUUCAACUGCAACUUUGUCGAGACCUCUGCCAAGAUGAGAAUUCACGUCGAUGAGGCUUUCUACCAGCUUGUUCGCGAGAUCCGCCGCUACAACAUGCAGCGCAACCCGCGAACUCAGCCCAACGACGCAUAUGGUGGCAACAACGCGCAUCCUCCUCGCCGACCUGCACCCAAGAGAAGGGAAAAGUGCAUGAUUCUGUAAAGAGCUACAUCACCAGCCCAGCUUUGCAUCUGUCGAACGCAGAGUCACCUUCACGUUUUCCUUCCCCGUCCUCUCCUUUUACCACCUGCUCUUUCUUUAUCGCAUUUUAUUCCAGACCAAGAAUAAACAAUGAUAUCGCUGUUAGGGCUAGAGUAAACCACACCAGCGAUGCGCCUUCUCUUCCAUGACUGACCUGAUAUUGUAUCGUGCCAGCACCCGCAAAUGAAACGGGAUAUCCCUGUUCUUGUACCUGAUCGCCCGCUAUUCUGAUGGGAAUAUACACACAUCCAUCCUCCAC